UAUAUCCAGCCUUUGCCCUCCAGUUCUUUCCCCCUGCAGCGACCUGACGGACAGUCUGUCCUGUGCCUGGAUUUAGGAGAGGAAAGGAGACCCUUCUACACCCACCAUGUGGGGGAUCAAAACCAAAUCAAGAGAGUGCAUCUCCAUUCACAUGGGCCAAGCCGGUGUACAGAUUGGAAAUGCCUGCUGGGAGCUCUUCUGCUUGGAGCACGGUAUCCAGCCGGACGGCGUAUUGAUGGAGAAGGCAGGACCAGGCUGCACCGACGACUCGUUCGCCACUUUCUUCAGUGAGACGGGUAACGGCAAACACGUGCCCCGGGCGGUCAUGGUGGACCUGGAGCCAUCUGUAGUGGAUGAAAUCCGCGGUGGAACCUACCGCCAACUAUAUCAUCCAGACCAACUCAUUACGGGCAAAGAAGACGCCGCCAACAACUACGCCCGCGGUCACUAUACUAUCGGCAAAGAAAUUAUUGACCUGGUACUGGAUCGUAUUCGCAAGUUGAGUGACGCCUGCUCAGGACUGCAAGGAUUUCUUAUUUUCCACAGCUUUGGAGGUGGCACGGGCUCUGGGUUUACCUCCCUUCUCAUGGAACGACUCUCCUUGGACUACGGCAAGAAGUCCAAGCUGGAAUUUGCUAUUUACCCCGCACCACAGAUUUCCACGGCGGUGGUGGAGCCGUACAACUCUAUCCUGACAACACACACCACGCUGGAACACUCCGACUGUGCUUUUAUGGUGGAUAACGAGGCCAUUUAUGACAUUUGCCGGAGAAAUCUCGACAUUGAGCGUCCAAAUUAUAUAGAUCUUAAUAGGCUCAUCGGCCAGAUAGUGUCUUCCAUCACAGCCUCGUUGCGUUUUGAUGGUGCUCUCAACGUAGACCUAACGGAGUUUCAGACCAACCUGGUCCCUUACCCGCGCAUCCACUUCCCGCUGGUCACCUACGCACCCAUAAUCUCGGCCGAGAAGGCACACCACGAGCAGCUUUCCGUGGCCGAAAUUACCAACGCCUGCUUUGAGCCAUCCAAUCAGAUGGUCAAAUGUGAUCCACGGCACGGGAAAUACAUGGCCUGCUGCAUGCUAUAUAGGGGAGACGUCGUUCCCAAAGAUGUCAACGUGGCUAUAGCCAACAUCAAGACAAAGAGGAGUAUCCAGUUUGUUGACUGGUGCCCUACUGGGUUCAAGGUUGGCAUUAAUUACCAGCCCCCGACCGCGGUGCCCGGAGGGAACCUGGCAAAAGUCCAGCGUGCCGUCUGCAUGCUCAGUAACACAACCGCCAUCGCGGAGGCCUGGUCCAGGCUGGACCAUAAGUUCGAUCUGAUGUACGCGAAACGCGCCUUCGUGCACUGGUACGUGGGCGAGGGCAUGGAGGAAGGGGAGUUCACCGAGGCUCGAGAAGACCUGGCAGCACUGGAGAAGGACUACGAGGAGGUGGGAAUGGACUCCUUUGAGGAAGAGAACGGAGCGGAAGAAUAUUGAGUGGGGAGACUCCAGGCUAGUCGUGGAGACUAAUCUUAAAUAAAAUACUCCAAAAAAUCUCAACAGGGGACAAUCUUUCUUCAU